AGUGCAGCUUUUUAGGGGUCAGAGAAAACCUCACAGUGGCCAUUCGGAUGUUUGACACUGUGGCAUACGAGGCUCGUUUCCUAACAAUAAAGGCCCGAACUUCACUUUGACAAUUGAUUAACAUGGAAGUGUCAAGGCUUCUCGUUUUGUGCUUUUUGGUCGGUGUGGCCUGCGCUAUCAACAAGAGCGAACGAAUCAAGCCAGGAGACCGCUGCAAUAAAUACAAGGAGAUUCUGCACACCGACCAGUUGGAUCCUUCGAAAUACCAGAGUUGCGGGCAGGGAGCAGAGGGUGAGUGCUACACAAUGAGGUCCAAAUGCGACAGCAUCGUCGAUUGCACCAACAACGCUGACGAGAAGGGCUGUAAAGACGAGCACAAGGAGCAGUGCGAGAAGGACUUCCUUGGUAAGCCCGGCGUGCCUUUCAAAUGCCAAGCCAUAGAAGGAGAGGACCCCGAGGACAGGAUGUGCAUCCUGGGCUCGUGGGAAUGCAACGGGAAGGUGGACUGCCCGAACGGCGACGACGAACAGAACUGCAGUGGGUCGACGUCUACCCAACCCAACCUGUAGCUCAACCCCAUACAAUAUUCUCUCGUAUCUCUUCUAAUUAAGUAAUCUCCAAGCUCUGUACAGGCUAAUUGAAGUUGGGUUUUCUUCAAAGGCAGUUAUAAAGGCCGUGUCCGAAACGGGCUUCUGGAGCUGCGGUUGGGUCUGUUGUCUGCACGUUUCCGCGUAUUUUUAACGCACUGAAGGCCUAGACCUAGCUCUACACAACAAAUACACAUGCAGCCUAAUAUCUUUUGUGACGGCAUAAUACUGCGGAGCACCGAUGAUCAGUAAUCUAGGGGCAAAGUAAGAAAGCACUGUGCUCACUGGUUUGCCAAAUCAGUGAGCACUGUUUUUUUUUUUUACUUUGCCCCUACAUAGGUUCCGUUCUUAUGACGUCACAGUCGUGUUUUUCCUACACGUGGCAGCAAAAACUACGGCUGGUCGUCGGUACAAAACGAAAACAAUAUGCCUAAUUCACAAAGUGUUUAAAAUCCCAAGCAACUACCAGAACCACGUAAUACACGUACAACUAAAUGCUAAAUGAAAUUACAACCCUAUUUGACAUUAAUGGGACAGAUGUUCAUUUUGAACGAAUUUGAGAUAAAAUCGAAAACCAACCAAAGGUCAUAUUUCUGCAAACUUUGGCCGCUCAUACAAGUUGUAAGCAAAAAAAGAGUGGCUACACGUGUACAUUGUGCAUGCAUAAUGCCUGCCCGUGUGACACAAUGUACAUGUACUAUCGCAGAAGUUGUACUUACUGGCGUAGCAACCAUGCCAUUCGAAAUAAAGCGACAGAUAUCCAAAUUUUAGACAAAAUUUGCAAUUACAUUUUUGAUUGCAUAGACACGUGUACUACGUUAUGAUUGAGCCCCACAAACACACUGUUCUACAAGAUAACACUUUUGAAGUAUGAUCGCAACGUAUUUUACGGAGAUCCAGUUAAAUCUGCAUACAGCAACUAUAGCUGCAGUGACACAAGACUGUUUACCAACUUGCUUACUUUUUUAUACAUUGUAUAAAAUGUUCUUCAAACCUUUAAGCUCUAAAUCAGUUUCAGCAUGCAGGCUUUCUUCUGGACGCUAUUCUUCCAAAGGUUGAGAAGAUUUCACAGUGCUAAGGGCCCUUUUGACCUCUAAAAUGCGAAUAGAUUGAGACAAACCUUAGAUUUACGUUUUUUUAAUGUACCACGAACAAACUCAUGUUAAAUUGACUUCGAUUAUUUUUUGUGGGACCUUUCUGCGUGAUGAUGAGGCUAUCACCAAAUUUUCAUCAAAUACCUGAGUGAACACAUAAUCUCUCAUAUUUAUGCUUGUAACUGUAUCCUUGGUAACAUUUCCAUGUUAGAACAAUACGUUUGUCUAAAACUAAUUACAGCAAUAUCUUUUAUUAGAACGAUAUUCUUAUUAAAUGCUAAGAAGGCUUCACUGUGCUAAGAGUCAUUUAGACCAUAACGUAAAAUAGAUUGAGACAAAUGUUAAUUUUGUUGACCUCCUUUUUAGGCCUAGCUGUUUCUCCUUACUGUUAAUCACUAUUCGUGUACUAAUGAGUAAAGCAAAUAAAUUUUUACCGUAACAUUCAA